AUGAAGAACGUCGUCGCUAUUGUAGCCCUGCUCGCUUGGGUUUGUCUCGGAGAUGGCCAAUCAACUCUAUCAUUCCUGGAUCCGAAUUGUGGCACUUCGGUCGCGGGAUCGCGUCGUUGGAGAUCGAGGAUAAUCGGCGGCGAGACAGCGAACAUGUUUGGAAACCCAUGGAUGGUCCUGAUUCAAAGCAGCAUUUCGUGUGGCGGUACGCUUAUCACAAACCGUUUUGUGCUCACUGCUGCUCAUUGCAUAAGGAACAGCCCGACUAUAGCUUUCCUAGGGGAGUUUGAUAGAUCAACCAGAACGGAUUGUUCCGGAAGAGCUUGCUUGCCGAGAGCCAUUGGUAUUCCAGUCGAUGCCAAGAUAGCGCACCCAAGAUAUGUGCAUCACUCCCGGGAUGAUAUUGCUCUGUUUCGACUGGCCAGGACGGUGCAGUAUACGGACUACAUCAAACCGAUUUGCCUGGUGACCAACUAUAAUCUCCUGCCCCAAACCAGAGUCCUAACAGCCACUGGCUGGGGCGAAACAGAAAAUACACCCGGAAGUAACGUUUUGAAGACCACCACUCUAACGCAGGCUGAUCGCUCGUAUUGCUCCGCUAUCUACGGUCGAGUAGAUAUGUCGCAUAUUUGUGCCGGAGACUACGAUUCGCAUGUUUGCCGUGGGGACUCUGGCGGUCCAGUCUCCAGCAAUUUUAGGGUGAACGGUAUAAACCGGGUUGUUCAGUUGGGAAUUGUCAGCUAUGGCGAUACAGAGUGCACACAGUGGUCGGUCUUUACGAAUGUAAUGCAUCACAUGAACUGGAUCGUAGAUACCGUACGACACAAGUCAGUUAUUCUGGACAGAAGCAUGAGGAUCGUCGCAGCUAUUAGCCUGCUCUCUUGGGCUAAUAUUGGAAAUGGGCAACCUCCUAUUUCAUUCCUGGAAUCCAAUUGUGGCUAUGCGAAUGGUCCGCAAUACAGGAUCAUUGGCGGUGAAACGGCCAACAUGUUCGGAAACCCAUGGAUGGCCUUGAUACUAAGCGGCAUUGUCUGUGGUGGUUCGCUCAUCACAAACCGAUUUGUGCUUACUGCUGGACAUUGUACAAGUAAAAACCCCAUUGUAUACCUAGGGGAGUUCGACAGGUCAACCGUCACUGAUUGCUCUACUAAAGGUUGCAUACCACAGGCGAUUGGAAUUCCCGUCGAAGAUCAAAUAAGACACCCAAAUUAUGUUGAACUCGACCGGAAUGAUAUAGCUUUGUUUCGACUGAGGUGGCCGGUGCAAUACACAGACUUCAUUCGACCGAUUUGCCUGCCCCUGAACUAUGAUCCCUUGCCCCAUACCCAAUACCUAACUGUCACUGGUUGGGGUGCAACGGAAUACGGAUCCGAAAGCAACGUUCUGAAGAUCGCAACCUUGACGCAAGCGGAUCGCACGUAUUGCUCCAAACUCUAUAAGCACAAAGUGGAUAUGUCGCAUAUUUGUGCCGGAGACCGCGACUCACAUGUUUGUAGGGGAGACUCCGGAGGUCCAGUUUCCGUUACUUUUUCGUUAGACAGAGGACUCCGGACUAUGCAGGUUGGACUAGUUAGCUAUGGAGAUAGUAAGUGCAAACAGUGGUCGGUCUUUACGAAUGUCAUAUACUAUACGAAGUGGAUCGAAAAUAUCGUACGACCAUGGCAAGGCUAUUGA